UUUCCAAGCGACACAGACCAAGGCAGCGGGCUCAACGCGACCAUUCGGCGGAUAUACAGGAUAUACCCUAGACAGCACUGUUAAAGCUUACAGGCGACAACGGCUCGACAGGCUUUAAGGAUUUAAGUCUGAGGCCGUGGCAUAUAGGCAUUUAGGAUUUGGCGAGCGUGCAACAUGAAGCUGGAAGGCGAGAAGCGCACCAGCGAGCCCCCCAAAUAUCUGAACGAGGACUUCUUCAAGGCCGCUCUCGAGGAUGGGCUGCGCGACAUGCGUGUCGACAUCAAGAAGAUCAUAUUUUCCGAGUCCAGCGGCGGCGGCGGCGAAAAUUAUUGCAGCAAAAUCUACCGGGCCCGUGCCCUGUAUCGGAGCAGCAAACGCCAGCUGGACGAGGAGCUGGCACUGAUCGUUAAGAGCAUUGCCAUUACGCCGGCUACACAAUUCCUUGAGGAACUGGCCGUUUAUCUGCGCGAGAAAAUCUUCUAUUUCGAUGUGCUCGGCAAGCUGGAGGUGCUCAUCGGCGAUGGCUCCAAGUUCGGCGCCAAGUGCUUCUACACAACGCGUGAGCCCAUCCAAACGAUUGUUUUCGAUGACCUCACACAGUACGGCUACAAGCUGGCCAGCCGCCAAAACGGCCUCAACGAGGAGCACUGCGUGGUCAUACUCAAGAAAUUGGGUAAAUUUCAUGCCAGCUCCAUGCUGCUGGCCGAGAAGGAGCCUAGCGUGCGGGAGCAUUUCACCAGCGGCAUGCUCGAUGAGAACUAUAUACGAACCAACGAGCGGUUCAUUAACUUUAUGACACUCCAGCUGAGAACGCUGGCCAAUGUGGUGGCAAAGUGGGCCGGCUACGAGCAGCUGGCGGAUAAGCUGCAUCGCCAUUGCGACAAUAUCAAGGAGAACCUGGUGAUGACGGGCCGGCCGACGCCCGGCGAAAUCACAGUGCUUAAUCACGGCGAUCUGUGGGUGAACAACUUCAUGUACAAAUAUCACGACGAGCUGCCCACAAAGCCCAUCGAUGCCAUCUUCGUGGACUUUCAGAACAGCUUCUUUGGCAGUCCCGGCUGCGAUAUCAAUUUCUUUCUCAACAGCAGCGUCCAGCUGGAUGUGCUGAUUCACAGGCGCGAGUUCCUUAUACAGACGUACUAUGCCUCACUCCGCGAAAGCCUAGAGCGGAUGCAUUCACAGUUUGUGCCCAGCUAUGCGGACUUGCAGCAGGAGAUCCAUGCACGGGAGCUGUAUGGGUUCUUCUCGUCGUACGCAUUUCUGCCCAUGGUCACCAUGAUGAAGGAGGACUCCUUUGACAUAAGCAUUGAGGCACUUACCGAUCAGGAUUUCGCCAAGAAGAAGGUGCAGCUGAUGUUCUCAUCAAAUCCACGCACCGCGGAUACCCUGCGCUAUGCACUCCGACGAUUCGACGAGCUGGGCAUCUUCGACUGAUGCGAAUGCUUAAUUUAUAUUUAUAACUUGCAUGUGGUUAUCUAUAUUUUUUAUUUUCGUACGGCUAGG